AUGGCAGGCCAGGCAAUUACCAUGCGGGCAAAUGCCCUCAGGGCUGCCCGUAUCGCACAAGCCAAGUCAUCGGCCAGCGCGCCACUUCGCCCGCUGCUGCAGAGCAGACGGCACCUGGCAACCGCCCAGUCUCCCACGCCGCCGCCGAACUUCGACAUCGCCUCUCGCACCCCUCCUUACCCCAAGCUGCUCAAGAGGCUGUCCGCGGUCCGCAGUCUGCUGGGCUCCGAGCGCAAGCUCACGCUCGCCGAGAAGAUCCUCUACUCCCAUCUCGACAACCCCGAAGAGUCGCUCCUGGCCGGCACGAACAAUGGAAGGGAUGUCCGGGGCGCUGCCAACCUCAAGCUCAAGCCCGACCGGGUCGCUAUGCAGGACGCUUCGGCGCAGAUGGCUCUGUUGCAGUUCAUGUCGUGUGGUCUCCCCACCACCGCCGUGCCUGCCAGCAUCCACUGCGACCACAUGAUUGUCGGUGAGAAGGGUGCCGACACUGACCUUCCCCGCUCCAUCCAGGGCAACAAGGAGGUCUUCGACUUCCUGGAGAGUGCUGCGAAGAAGUACGGCAUCGAGUUUUGGCCGCCGGGCGCUGGUAUCAUCCACCAGACCGUCCUGGAGAACUACAGCGCACCGGGUCUCAUGAUGCUUGGAACGGACAGCCACACGCCCAACGCUGGUGGUCUUGGUGCCAUCGCCAUUGGUGUUGGUGGUGCGGACGCGGUCGACGCCCUCGUCGAUGCGCCUUGGGAACUGAAGGCUCCCAAGAUACUGGGUGUCAAGCUCGAGGGAAAGCUCAGCGGCUGGGCUAGCCCCAAGGAUGUCAUCCUGACCCUUGCUGGCAAGCUCACCGUGCGUGGCGGCACUAACCACAUCAUCGAGUACUUUGGGCCGGGCGUCGACUCUCUGAGCUGCACUGGCAUGGCCACCAUCUGCAACAUGGGCGCUGAAGUCGGUGCUACUACGUCGCUGUUCCCGUUCUCCUCUGGACACGUUCCCUAUCUCGGCGCUACCUACCGCGAGUCAAUUGCCAACCAAGCCAGCGCCAUCGCAUCUUCUCCCGAGCAGCAGAACCUUCUCCGUGCCGACUCCGGUGCGGAGUACGACCAAGUCAUUACCAUCAACCUCUCGGAGCUGGAGCCUCACAUCAACGGACCGUUCACACCGGAUCUUUCGACGCCUCUCAGCAAGUUCAAAACCACUGUCGAGGAGAAGGGCUGGCCCACGACGUUCGGCGCCGGUCUCAUCGGCAGCUGCACCAACUCCAGCUACCAGGACAUGACACGUGCCGAGGAGCUCGUCAAGCAGGCCCAGGCUGCUGGCUUGAAGCCCAAGGCGGACUUCUUUAUCACGCCCGGCAGCGAAUUGAUCAGAGCCACGCUCGAGAGAGACGAGACUCUGGACACUUUCUCUUCUGCCGGUGGUACUGUUCUCGCGAACGCUUGUGGGCCUUGUAUUGGCCAAUGGAAGCGUAAUGAUGAAGUCAAGAAGGGCGAGAACAACGCCAUCUUCACCAGCUACAACCGUAACUUCCCCGCCAGAAACGACGGCAACAGACAAACCAUGAACUUCCUGGCCUCUCCCGAGCUGGUCACCGCUCUCAGCUAUGCAGGCAGCACGACCUUCAACCCCAUGACGGACUCCAUUCCCACUCCUUCGGGCACUCCGUUCAGGUUCGCUCCGCCCAAGGGCCAGGACCUUCCCUCGGCCGGUUUCGAGAUCGGUAACCCCGAGUUCCUUCCUACGCCCGGCAAGCCUGACGCCAGCGUCGAGGUCAAGGUCGACCCCAAGUCGGCCCGUCUCGCCCUUCUCGAACCUUUCGCUCCCUUCCCCGACUCGGACCUCUCCGGCCUCCGCGUCCUCUACAAGGUCAAGGGCCAGUGCACGACGGACACCAUCAGCGCGGCCGGCCCGUGGCUCAAGUACAAGGGUCACCUGCCCAACAUCGCCGAGAACACGCUGAUCGGCGCGGUCAACGCGGCGACGGACGAGACCAACGUCGCGUACGACACGGACGGCAGCGCGUGCGGGAUCCCGGCGCUGGCCAAGCGGUGGAAGAGCCAGGGGCGCGAGUGGCUCGUCGUCGCCGAGCACAACUACGGCGAGGGCAGCGCGCGCGAGCACGCCGCGCUGCAGCCCCGCUACCUCGGCGGCCGCGUGAUCCUCGCCAAGUCGUUCGCCCGCAUCCACGAGACGAACCUCAAGAAGCAGGGCGUCGUGCCGCUCACGUUCGUCGACGAGGCCGACUACGACGCCAUCGACGCGUGCGACGAGAUCGCCACCGAGGGCUUGUACGACGUCCUCAAGGCCGGCGGCAAGGGCGAGGUCAGGUUGCGCUUGAAGAAGCGCAGCUCCGGUGAGGAGAAGCUCAUCGCCACCAGGCACACGCUCAGUCGCGACCAGUGCGGGUUCAUCUUGGCGGGGAGCGCGCUGAAUUUGUUGGCGAGGAAGGGGAGGGAGAGCGAGGAGGAGGUUACGAGGCAGGCGGAGCUGUCGGAUUAG